AUGGAGGAACACAACUCUCUAGCUGCAGAUUUAAGUGGGACGGACCUUUCAAACUUGUUCCCGCUGAUCGACAGAGAGAACGUACAUGGGCUCAACUUGGCAAUACCAGAGCAGGCUAAAGCAGUCAUCAAACCGUGGAGUGAGCGUGAGGAUACCACUGUAUAUGCAGACUCCGGUGUAGAUGAUCAAAUGAUCAUACAUGUGCCCUUCGCACAGAACGUGCGCGUUAAGUCUAUUAUACUCAAAUUAGGCAGAGGUGAAUUUACACCCCGCCACCUCCGGGUGUAUGCGAAUUACCCCAACAUCAUCGAUUUCAGCGACGCUGAAAACACAAACCCGCAUUUAAACAUCAGUCUCUUGGAGGGCGAGACUGCAGUGGUUGAAUACCCUUUGAAGGUUGCAGCAUUUUCCAGUGUUCAUUCCUUGAGCUUGUACUUCGGCGAUUCAGUUGGUGGAGAGCUUUCUCGCAUCUACUACCUGGGAUUCAAGGGAGAUGUGCGGACUCUACGGAAAGAGGGAACAAAUAAGUUAGAGGUACCUGCUGCUGAUGCGGCUGAUGCACCCCUUGUAGAUCGCCUUGCACAGAAGACAGGAGGGCAACAGACUACUGCCCGGUGA